AAGCGUUCCGGCGUAACCGGCCCGGUGGCCACUCUCAGGUUUCUCUCUGGUAUUACUUAUUCACUUGUUAUGUAAUAGUGGUUGUCUAAGUUUGUUUCUUCGAUUUUAACGAAUUAUUUUGGGAUUUAAAAAAAUGUCUGUUAGCAGAGUAAUUGCACGAAGUUUUUCCUCGUCUAUCAUCACACAGCAAUUAGUAAAGCCUCCAAUUCAAGUUUUUGGAUUAGAAGGCAGAUAUGCAACAGCUCUUUUCUCAGCUGCAUCCAAACAAAAAUCUCUUGAUGUAGUGGAAAAAGAUUUGAUUAAUUUUCAGGGUCUCCUGAAAACAGAUACUAAAUUAGCAGAAUUCAUAAAAGAUCCUUCAAUAAAACGGAAAAAUAAGACAGAAGCCUUUAAAGCUAUUGGUAGUAAGGUCAGUAUGAAUGCAGCCACAGCAAAUCUGUUGACAUUACUUGCAGAGAAUGGCAGAUUGGGGAAAAUCAAUCAAGUCAUUAAUUUGUAUAAAUUAAUCAUGGCUGCUAAUAGAGGAGAAGUAGUAUGUGAAGUAAUUACUGCAAAACCACUAGAAACAGAUAUGAAGAAUAAAUUGGAAUCAGCUCUUAAAGGUUUUUUGAAGAAAGGACAAACUAUUUUGCUCACAACUAAAAUAGACCCUUCCAUUAUUGGUGGAAUGCUAGUGUCAAUAGGUGACAAAUAUAUUGAUAUGAGUAUUGCUAGCAAAAUUAAAAAGUACAAUGAUCUCAUCCAAGCUACAGUAUAAUUGAUUCAAAUAUUUCUCUGAUAUAAUAAAAUAAAUUUCAUCACAUAUAACUGUACUUGAGUGUUAUAUGUAAAUUAUUGAAUAGUAAAUAAAAUGCUGUAAUUUCAGUCUGUGUGAAAAUGUGAAA